AUGGCAUGCCUGUCAUCAUCAAAACACCAUCAAUCACCUUUAGAGAUAUUUUCUGUUUUUUAUAUACUUUCCUACUAUCCUUGGUUUUGUGAAAAGAAUUUUAUUCAUUUAUCAUCGGCUAGUGUUCAACCAGCAGCCACUUUCUGUUGGAAUAUGGAUAAUAACAACAACAACAGGCCAAAUAAUCAACAACAACAACAACAACAACAACAGCAACAACAUCACCAUCAUCAUCACCUUAGUCAGCAUCUAAUAUUACAACUUCAACAAUCACCUUCUUUAAAUAUUCAUCAUCAACAUAAUCACCAUCAUCAACAACAACAACAACAAUCAGAACAGUAUGGUAUUAAUGAACAACAACAACAACAACAUACAAUACAAUCAUAUAGAAUGAAUCAUCCAUCUCCAACAGAAUCACCAAUAUACAAUUUGACACAAAAUCAACAGCAACAGCAACAACAUCUUCAAAGUCAUCAUCAUCACCAUGCAAUAACACAACCUUUAAUUUUGCCAACAGUGUCACCACCGUCUUCAGCAUCGUCGUCAUCAUCUUUGUCAAACCAGUCACCACACCCAAUAUUGUCAACACAUAGUAGCCACCAUCAUCACCCACAUUCCCACAUAUAUCAACCACCCCCAUUUUCAAGUCACCACACAUCCUACCCACCCAUUUCGAAAAUCAAUGUCGGUGGUGGUGGUGGCAGUAAUAGUAGUAGUAGUAGCAACAACAGCAACAGUAGUAGUAGCAGCAGCGGCAGCUCCAAUAACAGCAGCAGCGGCAACUCCAACAACAGCAGUGGAAGUGGGAGUGGUAGCAUUGGUGGAAGUAUUCGAAUGACAACAAUUCCAUUUACACCCGGUAGUCCAACCAAUCAUCACAACAAUUUCGCAUCGGAAUCACCGCACAGUAGCUACAACAGCCAACAAUCAAACCAAUCUCAUAUAUCGUCAACAAACACUCCACAGAAAUCGCCGAACAUCUAUUUUACCAGUCAGCCACACUCUGAAAAACGAAGAAAAACCGCUGAUGGUGAGCAACAACAACAACAACAUCACCAUCAUCUUCAACAGGAUGACUACAACUCAUCCAGUACAUCGUCAUUCUACUCAUCACCUCCAAACUCACCGGAAUCAUCGACACCUCCACCACCCUCACUACUGUCAUCGUCAUCGUCUCUUCAUGUUGCCCAACUACAGAGUCCCGAUAGCAGUAGUGGCUAUGUUAAAUUGUCAAACUCACAAUCCCACAUCAACAACAUCACUAGUAGUAGCAGCAGUAGUAGUAGUAGUAGCGGACCAACAACAACCACAACAACUACAUCGAAUUCGACACCGCCUAUUCUGGUGACUACUACUUCAACUCAUCAUCAUCAACAACAACAACAACAACUACAACACAUUCCUGUAUUACCACAACAGCCAAUCCCAAUUUUCGGAGUGAUGCCAAACGAACAAGAAACAUGGAUUGAAAUCAGAGAUUUGAGUUCAGAGAUUUCAAAGAUGGCCAAAUCAAGCCUGACCAACGGUAUCACUGAAGAAAUUCUCAAUGACAUGAAGGAGAAAGGAAACGAUUUGAUGCGGAUGAUUGAGAAUGUCACUCAAAAAGAAAAAUUGGAAAGAAAAUUUAAUGAAGAGGAACGCUCUCGAAUCAGUGUUCCUUUGACCAGACCAAGGCGUUUCAGAAAGAAAAAGAAACCGACCGCCACCGGUCUGUCAGAUACCACCAACACCAGCUCUACCCUCGGUGGUGUUGGAACCACCACAAGCUCUCUCACCACUACCAACGCCGCCGGCGGCCACCUGUCCAACAGCACCGGCCAACUCAACGUUGGAAACUCUGCCCACACCAGUGGCACCGGAAGUGGUAGCUCCACAGUCGGUAGCUCCGCGGCCUCCAACCCAGCUCUACAAAGCGAAGGCUCAGAGUCAAAGAAGAAAAAGGCAGACACGCCUUUUUGUACAUCAUGUGGAACAACUCAAACCCCCGAAUGGAGAAAAGGUCCUGCUGGUGGAAAAUCUUUGUGUAAUGCUUGUGGUCUACACUAUGCAAAGUUGAUGAAAAAAGAAGUUAAAUCACAGUCUCAACAACAACAUUUAAUUUCUCCAUCAAAUAAUAAUAAUAAUAAUAAUAAUAACAACAAUAACAAUAAUAAUAACAAACAAGAAAACCAAACUAACCAGACCAAUACCUCUAUGAACGUUCAUUCAACUAAAUGGAAAUCCAAUCGACUCUAG